AUGGCAACUCUAACCGAUCCCUAUGGUACAACCGGUCAAUUGACCCUCAAAUGGGACCCCAAGAACUUGGAAAUAAGGACCAUGUCCGUGGAAAGAACCCUCGAGCCUUUAGUGCUUCAAGUAACAACACUCGUCAACAGCAAGGAUAAAACCGCUAAGAAGAAAAGACCUGGUAAAUCGAAGCGUGCGAGUGCUUUAGUGGCGACAGUUGAACGUGCGACUGAGAUCUUUAUAGAGCGAGGUCAGAUAAUAGCUUACGAGAACCCGGAGAUCACUCAGGAGAUGUUGGCUGCUGUGGAGGAAGUUAGGAAGGCUGGUGCGGCCAUGAGUCUAGCUGCUCGUGAGUUUUCCGAAGAGCCUUGCGCUUCGUCUGUACGUUCGGGAAUGGUUCGAGCCGCACGUAGUUUGCUCUCAGCUGUUACAAGACUUCUAAUAUUAGCCGAUAUGGUGGAUGUACAUCUUCUGCUAACUAAUUUGAGGACGGUGGAAAACGAUUUGGACAAGCUAAAAUCAGCGUCCUCUCAAUCGGAGCUGUUAGAAUCGGCGCGUCAGUUCGGCAGAUCUGCCAACGAGUUAGCUGCGCAGGCGGCGAGGCGGCAGAAGGAGUUAAAGGAACCGAGAAUGAAAGACGAACUCGCGGCCGCUCGAGCCGUGCUAAAGAAACACUCUACCAUGCUACUAACUGCGUCUAAGGUAUACGUCCGUCACCCGGAGCUAGCCGCGGCUAAGGCCAACCGUGACUUCGUGUUACGCGCGGUCUGCUCCGCUGUGGACACUAUCUCGUGUGUGGCGCAGGGAAGACCGCUACCACCGGCCGGGUCAAAUCGUGUUCCCGUUGAAGGUCCAGGGGAACUUGCUCAAGCUUUGGAUGAUUUUGAUGAGCGUAUGGUAAUGGAACCGAUGUCUUACUCCGAGUUGAGGACCAGACCUUCAUUGGAGGAGAGGCUCGAGAGCAUCAUUUCCGGCGCCGCGCUCAUGGCUGAUAGCUCCUGUACCAGAGACGAGCGUCGUGAGCGUAUCGUAGCGGAGUGUAACGCCGUGCGUCAAGCGUUGCAGGAUCUGUUACACGAGUAUAUGAGUAAUGCGGGACGACCAGAACAAUCUGAAGGUCUUGAGCGAGCCUUGGAGCAGAUGUGUCGCAAGACUAGGGACCUGCGGAGACAACUGAGGAAGGCUGUGGUGGAUCACGUGUCUGACAGUUUUCUGGAGACAAACGUGCCACUGCUCGUGUUACUGGAGGCUGCUCGCGGAGGGAAUGAGAAGGAAGUUGAGGAGUACGCGCUUGUGUUUACUGAACACGCGAAUAAACUGGUUGAGGUCGCCAACUUGGUUUGCUCGAUGUCAAACAACGAAGACGGAGUAAAGAUGGUGCGUCACGCCGCGGGGCAGAUAGAAGCGUUGUGUCCACAGGUGAUCAACGCGGGUCGCGUGCUAGCCGCCCGCUGCAGGUCGCGUGUCGCUCAAGAGAACGCUUCAGCCUUCGCCCGCGCCUGGGAGGCGGCCGUACGUCUGCUGACUGACGCUGUGGACGACAUCACCACCAUCGACGACUUCCUCGCCGUCAGCGAGAACCACAUCUUGGAGGACGUCAACAAGUGCGUGGUCGCGCUGCAAGAGGCUGACCCGGAUGGACUCGAGAGGACCGCGGCCGCUAUACGGGGCAGGGCUACCAGGGUUUGCUCGGUGGUAACUCAAGAAAUGGAUAACUACGAGCCCUGCAUUUAUACCAAGAGGGUGUUGGAGGCUGUCACUGUACUCAGAGAUCAGGGUAAGUACAUGUUACCGAAUGUUACCGACUGUUACCGAAUGUUGCCGAAUGUUACCGACACUUAUUAUACGUUACCGGACUUUCUAGGUUUUAGAUUGUACUGA